AUGGCGAGAGCUGGAAAAGGAAAGAUCUCUGAAAUGGAUAAGAAAUAUUUCAGAGAAAUCUUUAACCUGCAUGCUAAAGAUGAAAAGAUAGACUAUGCAGCACUUUGCAGAAUCUUUGAGAUGGUUGACUUCAAGCCCAAUGAGAAAUAAGAAGCCGAAUUCAAAUCGAUGUUUGCAAAAAAAGAUCUUCUUGGCUUCAACGACUUCUUACAAAUAUUCUCAUUAAAAAGCAAUAAUCAAUAUAAUGAGAUAGAUGUCAAAAAUGCUUUCAGGCUUCUGUCAAAAGAAUAUGAGAGACCAGGUUUUAUUAAAUUAGACAGAGUAAAGGAUAUCCUUGGGGAAAUGGGAUUGCAAGAUGUGGAAAUCCUCUAAUUAACCAAUCAACUUAAUUCACUUUGUGAUGAGCAUGGAAUGUUUAACUUCGAGGAAUUCGUUAAGUCUGCCUUUUGA